CUGGUGAGAGCGGAGGGAGCCCCAGGAUGAUAAGACGCGAGGAAUGGGGAGCCCGACCUCCGGCAUCCCACGUCGCCUUGAGCACUCCCGUCCGCUACGUGGUGAUCCAUCACACGGCUAUGCCGCCGGCCUUCACCGUCGACGAUGGCGUCCGGGGCGUGAAGGAGAUCCAGGACUUUCACAUGGACGAGAGGGGAUGGGAUGACAUCGGAUAUAGGCAAGACGAUCGACGAGAUGAACGCGAGACGAAAGGAUUCCUUAACACGUUGGCGACAAUGCGUCCUGAUGCCAGGAUGCAGAUUUUUUUUUUCAAUGAAUGGAACUGUGGAACUCUGGAACUGUUGAGAACUUUCCUGGUUGGAGAGGAUGGGAGCGUGUACGAAGGAAGGGGAUGGGACCGAGUUGGUGCUCACGCCCUCAAUUAUAAUACCAGGAGCAUCGGGAUAUCUAUUCUCGGCAAUUUCAUG